CACAUAAACUUCUACUUCUCUCCCAACACAAUGUUGGGCAAGAAGAUUGGUUCCUUCAAAAAAUUAGCCAAAAAGGUCAAGGUCAAACGCACCCCGAAUAUAGAGCCAUCACACCAUGACUACUUGCUAAAGACAUAUGAAGAAGAUGAAGGUUGCAACGAACCCAAACCAGGUUUUUUUGCGAUUUAUGUAGUGUCACGGCUUUCCAAGAAGUGGUUAAUGCGGUUGAAUGUUCCAAUGGGAUGUUUGAUCUUGGUCAUUUGGUUGAAGAGCUCUUUUAGAUACGACUUAUGAGUAAUAGAUACGUGCACAGCUUCCGGCUGGUUUUGUCAAACAUAUCCUUAGUUUAGUGUUAAUUAGUAAGCAGCUCCCUC